AUGGUAGGUCUGCUUGCAAGUUUCACAAUUGCUUCUAAUUGGCAAUCAGAACCAAUCUUGAAUACAGCUGAAGCAACGCCGUUCGACGUCAACAUGGCGGCUCCCGAACAGCACAUCUACAUCGACGAAGAUGUCGGCAAAGACGACGCUUCGGCUAACGGUACUGAAGCCGCUCCCUACAAAUCUCUCCUCCAUGCCAUGUUGCAACAUGCUCCCACCACCGAAGGAAUCAAGUACCUGACCCGCAAAUCGGUCACCGGCCCCGUCGAAGAGGGCAACGAAGCCGCCCGCCUCGAGUGGAAGGCACCAUCCGCCUCGGCAGUUAAGAAGUCGACCAGAUUGUUUGAAGGAGCACAGAAAAAGGCGGCCAAGGCACAGGAAAUUGCGAUUCGUGAAAAGGCAGAGGCCGAGAAGCGUCAGGUCGUGCUCGAGGAGGCCAAGAAGGUGGUCAUCAAAGAGGACCCCUCUCUUCCUAAGCCAGUGCGCAUCCGACUCGAUGUCACCGAUCCAGCUAUUGUCAAGCUGCGCACUCCAGAAUCAGACGAGCCUGGAACUCGUGUUCGUGUGCUCGGUCGCGUCCAUCGUCUGCGAUCACAAAAGGAUGUCAUUUUCAUCACGCUUACCGAUGGAUACGGAUACCUUCAGUGUAUUAUGACGGGAGAUAUGGUCAAAACCUACGACAUGAUGACCUUGACUUUGGAGACUUCUAUUGCGAUCCACGGAGAGAUGCGUGCCGUUCCCCCUAAGCAGCACGCUCCCAACGACCGAGAAUUGCACGCCGACUUUUUCACAAUUAUUGGCAAGGCAGCCGGUGACAAGGAGGCCAUCACUAGCCGCGUGGCACCAGAUGCCGAUCCUCAGACCCUCUACGACAACCGACACUUGGUUCUCCGUGGCGAGACCUCAUCUUCAGUCAUGAAAGUGCGCGCAGCAACUUUGAAGGCGUUUAGAAAAACAUUUGAAGCGUCCAGAAUGCUGGAGGUUACUCCUCCUUCUAUGGUGCAGACACAGGUCGAAGGUGGUAGCACAUUGUUCUCGUUCGACUACUACGGCGAGCCAGCAUACUUGACACAAUCUUCGCAAUUGUACCUCGAGACAUGCCUGGCGUCUCUGGGAGAUGUGUUUUGUAUCUGCCCAUCUUUCCGAGCAGAAAAGUCACUUACCCGUCGUCAUUUGUCCGAGUACACUCACAUCGAAGCCGAGCUAGAUUUCAUCACUUUUGACGACCUUCUCGAACACUUGGAAGAGGUCAUCUCCCGAGUCAUCGAAGAGUUGCUCGCAGACGAGCAAACCGCUAAACUCAUUAAGGAACUCAACCCAGACUUCAAAGUGCCUUCUCGCCCAUUCAGACGCAUGCGAUACUCCGACGCAAUUGACUGGCUGCGCGAACACGACAUUCCAAACGAAGAAGGCCAACCUCAUCAAUUCGGUGACGACAUUGCCGAAGCCGCCGAGCGUAGGAUGACGGAUAUCAUCAACCAGCCUAUUUUCCUUACCCACUUCCCCGCGGAGAUUAAGGCUUUCUACAUGAAGAAGGACCCACAGGACCCUCGUGUCACUGAGAGUGUUGACGUGCUCAUGCCUGGUGUUGGUGAGAUUGUGGGAGGAAGUUGCCGUAUUGACGACUGGGAUGAACUUAUUGCCGCGUACAAGCGAGAGGAGAUGGAUCCGUCGCCAUACUACUGGUACACCGAUCAACGAAAGUACGGAACAUCGCCUCACGGAGGUUAUGGACUGGGUCUUGAGCGAUUUUUGGCCUGGAUUUGCGGCCGCUACACUGUCCGUGAAUGCUGCUUGUAUCCACGAUUCACGGGCCGAUGCACUCCAUAG